UAAGGCCUCGUCCACUAUACUAGCCACUUAUAACUUUGAGCUUCCACUACUACCUCUUAUAUAUUAUGUAUCUUUCUAGCUAGCUACCUCUCAUAAGAGGAAUUCUAAUUCAUUCAUUAAGUUUACAAUAAUCAGUAGUCCUCAUUUCUCUCUCUCACCCAUUUUUUCCUUCUCCUUUCUCCUUAUCAAGUAUAGUACAAAGCUCCAUGUCUGUCUCAACUAUUCCAGCACCAAAAUUAGGGGAGAGAUUGUGUGAAAAUGGAUUUGAACAUCCCAAAAUUCUUCCUGCCAUUGAUGAUGCCCAUGGAGGAGUUAUUGUUGACUUGAAUGAACCUAUGGAUCCAGAACAUUUUGCUACAUUGCUUAGGUCUUCACUUCUACAUUGGAACCUUAAGGGAAAACAUGGUGUUUGGAUAAAGUUACCUAUCAGUCUUGUUAACCUUGUGGAAACUGCAGUGAAGGAGGGGUUCUGGUACCACCAUGCUGAGCCAAGCUAUCUAAUGCUAGUUUAUUGGAUUCCCCAAACAGGCUGCACAAUCCCUAUAAAUGCUUCCCACCGUGUUGCCGUUGCUGCUAUAGUCUUAAAUCAAAACAAAGAGGUUCUUGUAGUACAGGAAAAAAGAGGUAGAUUCCAUGGAAUUGGCUACUGGAAGUUACCUACUGGAGUUGUCGACGCGGGUGAGGAGAUUUUUGCAGCAGCUAUUAGAGAAGUAAAAGAAGAGACAGGAGUUGAUACCGAAUUUGUAGAAAUACUAGCAUUCAGGGAAGUGCAGAAUUCAUUCUUUGGGAAAUCAGAUUUGUCAUUUCUUUGCAUGUUGCGCCCUCUUUCUGUUGAGAUCAAAAAGCAAGAAUUGGAAAUUGAAGCAGCUCAGUGGAUGCCGUUCGAGGAAUUCGCAGUUCAACCACUUACUCAGAAACAUGAACCCUUCAAGUACGUAGUUGAAUUAUGUUUGGCAAAUGUGGAAGAAAAGUUCUAUACUGGAUUCUCCCCAAGGCGAGUCUCAUCAUAUUUUGAGGAUCAAUUGAACUAUUUAUAUAUGAAUAUCAAUGAAUUGGACAAGUCUUCUUAAGCCUCUCUUGGUCAUUUCUUACAUGUUAAAUAGAUUUCUAGCAGAAAUUAUAGUUAUCUGUUAUAUUAUGUUAAAUAAAUUUCUAGCAGAAUUUAUAUGCUUUUGAAUCUUCGUUAACAAGAUUUUGAGCAGAAAUUUUGUUAUCUAGGAUUGAUGUAAUAAAUUUAUUUUGAAUCAUUAAUUUUAUAGUGUGCUCUUUCUAU